AUGACUGCAACUUCUCCGAUUGACGCGCUUCAUAAUGCUAACAUUAGAUGGGACGAUCUACAACUGAUCCCAACUGAAGAGCGGGCCGCGAUACAACCAUUUAUUUCUCGGCUUGCCUUUGAGGAAUCCUGGACGAACCGUGAGCGCACAACCAUAAAAAUCAACACCUCCAAAUUCUUUUCAUUGCUGUAUAAUAGGUCCCUUGAAGAGCCACUACACGUACUAGGCGCUCUGCUGCAGCCGGGCUGGUUUUUGGAGAUGAGCUUGAUGUGCGAGGGUGAAGGGUCUACAUUAUCGUCUCGACUUCUGGACUGGUGCGAGGCGACCAGACUUCCGGCAUCUAUCACUUUCAACGAAGCCACCUUGCACGGGCGUACGAUUCAACGCGCCCUGCAGACCGAGGUUGAUCUAACCUUUCACGGGUGUACAUAUUGGGCACAGGAGGAGUCGGUCGAUGUGCAACGACCUACUUCAUUUAAAUCUAUAACGGUUCGAGGAUGCAAUGCGGACUUUGUAAAAUUCCUUGUACAAUGCUGCGGAUCGGAGGAGACCUUGCCCGCCCAGAGGCCGCUCAAUAUUGACUGCGAGAUCUGCGAGGAGGAUACCUGCGAAUGGCGCGAUAUUCUUACUCAAAUGGCUACGCUCCACUCUGUUACUCCGAACGUUUCCCUGAAUUGUGAUCCGACGACCACAUUAAAGGUGAUUGAAGGCCUAAAGACGAAGGGACUGAUUGAUGACCAGCAUUAUUCUACGUUGCGUUGUGCAGUUGACGAAGUUUGCCCAAUCGCAAAUGUGCAGGACAGCGACCGACACGUUUUUCUACCGAACAUCUUGCUGACGCUGAAGUUUUCUGGCAGUUUGAAUGAAAUCGAGCUAAUCCCGCCAGAAUAUCUGCCAACAGCCGUCCCGCUCGAUUUUGACUUUGGUGACGAUGGUAGCGAAAAUUUCUCCACAGACGCAAGCGACUCGGAGGAUCAAAAAGAUUUUGUGAGCAAUGGGAAGGAU